AUGUAUGAUCUCACUUAUAAGAACGACCGAUUAGGCUUACUAAUUCAAAUAUUUGAACCAAUGCAAGCGUUCGAAAGAGAUUUGCUGAUUGAUUUUAAGAUUGUGGCAGGUGCCAAUCAAGAUACAAAAAUGAUCAUUGAAGUGAUUCCAUUAAUUAUUGAAACAUUCUCAGAUCUUCGAGUCACAAUUUCACACAAUGAUCCAACCUUUAUCAGCCGGUUGCAUUUAAAUUUUUUGCCAUUUUCCAAGGAGAGUAAGAGCUAA